AUGGUGAGUACAGAUAAAUCUUAUGCAGAUGUUCUACAAUGCCUAAGACAAUAUGUGCUCGACAUGGUUAUUAAUUUAAGUGUUGACCGGGAGAUUGGACAGCUAGGAGAAAAGGAAGCUGAGGAACGAAAUUUGGAUCUAAAUAUGGAGAAUGAGUCAUCUGGUGACAUUCUAAAGAAACCACAUAGAGGCAUCAUUGGUUUAUUGAAGAGAACAGGAGAUCAAGAUGAAUCGCUGAGAGUGAAUAUCGUUGAAGAACUUACAUGGUUUUUGAGUUUUUGGCAAUGGCUAAUAAACUUGAGAAACAAAGUUUAG